AUGGGAGACAAGCAGCAGCCGACUUUCGAUUUCAGCAAGCUCAACUUUGAUCUCUCCGGCGGCGGCGCUGGCGGAUUCAACCUCCAGGGCGCGCUUCAGGGCCUGCAGAGCCAGCUCGGCGCGCUGGGCAUGAUUGGCGCCGACUCCGGCUACUUCCAGACCCUGCCUAAGGCCGUGCAGCGCCGAGUCCGCGCUCUCCGCAACCUCGACCGCGAGUACGAGAAGAUUGAGGAGGAGUUCGAGAAGGAGCUGAAGGCCCUCGAGCUCAAGUACCACAAGGAGCAGUUCACCCCUCUCUACCAGAAGCGAGCGGCCAUCAUCAACGGUAAGGUUGAGCCCACCGACGAGGAGGCCAAGGAGGAGUCCGAUGAUGAGGAGGAAGAUGCCGAGCCCAAGAUCCAGGAGAUCAAGGAGGAGAAGAAGGAUGAGGAAGUAAAGGAAGAGACCGAGGAGGAGAAGAACGUCGUCGGUGUGCCCGAGUUCUGGCUCACCGCUCUCAAGCACCACGAGAUGCUCGACUCGGCCAUCUCCGAGAAGGACGAGGAGGCCCUCAAGUACCUCACCGACAUCACGCAGGACCCCGUCGAGGAGGAGGCCGGCAGCUUCACCCUCAAGUUCCACUUCAGGGAGAACCCCUUCUUCACCAACGAGGUCAUCAGCAAGACCUACCACCUCGACGGUGACGGCGAGGAGGGUGACGAGGUUGUCUGCGAGAGCGUCGACAGCACUCAGAUCAACUGGAAGGAGGGCCAGGACCUGACCCAGGGCGUCAAGAAGAGCUUCGGCCCCGGUGGCUCGUUCUUCAACUUCUUCGCCCCGCCCGAGGUCAAGCAGGGCAAGCAGCCCUCGCCUCAGAUCGUGAGCAUGAUGGAGCUCGACUUCGAGAUGGCCGUGUCGCUCAAGGAGGAGAUCAUCAAGCACGCCGUGCACUGGUUCACCGGUGACGCCAGCGUCGAUGGCUUCGGUGGCGAUGAUGGUGAGGAGGACGAUGAGGAUGGCGAGUUCGGUGGUGAGGGUGAUGAGGAUGACGAUGAUGACGAGGAGGACGGUGAGUUCGCCCCGCCUGAGGGUGGUGAGGGCAAGCCCGAGUGCAAGCAGCAGUAA